UGAUCACUUUGUUACCAAAUGUGUACUAGGUGCGUAUACCAAUCGUGUUAAUCGAUAGUAAACACAUGGGAAGUGAAGAUGACUGCAUGACGUCCAAUCAAGGUAUCCCAGUUGCUGAACAGGCUGUGGAAUAUGUACGUCAUUCAGCAGUAGGAAACACAAUACACUGCAUCCCUGUGGUGUGCCCGAUCGGAUAUCAGCUUUCCUUCUGUAAGGAAAACUUUACAAGAGACUACUGUCACAAGUGUCCAAUUGGCUGUAUCCAAAACCAGGAGGUGGACUCGAGAACAGUGAUAUUCUCAACGGAAAUCCUGAAGUGUUCACCUGGGCCGUCUUUCUGUCCACCAGAUACUAUAAUGUUAAGCGUCCAGGGUGAGCCGCCAGUGUGUGAGUGCGAUAUAACACGAGGAUUUGUUGGAUCUGAUGCCAUGUUUUGUAUGAAAACAGCAGCAUGUUCCCCUGGAAUGGAAUUGAAAAGACAUGGAAGAUGUAGCCCCUGUCCUCCUGGUACAUACAAAUCAACACUGGGAUACGGCCCAUGCGAACCAUUCACUAACUGUGAAGAGGAAAACAGGACGACGCUGUCAAACGGCAAUGCAACUGCGAAUGUAGUUUGUGGCAAACCCCUCAGUACUACCACCUUAACAAGGCUCCAAAUAACAACGGCCAACUCAUCGAUACCAGACUUUCUCCUGGAUGACGUUCUGAAAGAACCAUCUCUACAUGGAGACCAAAACACUGGCAAAAAUUCACAGGAUACAAUAACACGGCUAUCCGAAGAGAAUUAUAAUAUCCCAACUUUCAAGAUAGUUUUCAUGGCCUUACAAACAAGCUUGUUGUUGACGAUAUUGAUCUUCAUAUUUGUCGUUGUGAUGAGAAUAAAAAAAAUGAACCGAGAUAUGACUAAGGGACAAAAACACGAUUGCACCAUAGACGAGGAAUGUCAACUAGUUUCCCCAGACAUCGACAGAGAAAGCAUGUACAGCCUAAAGAAAAGUAUCCCGAACUUCAUUUCUGUUUGUCAGCCAGAAACUUUAAGAACCAUCUAUCCAGAGAUAAACGAAAGACCAUGCACACCGACGGCACCGGAACCGUCAAUACCAUACAACCACAAUAUAUGCUAACAGAGGAUCAUUUGUUUCCCUUCAUAUUAGAUUGAUGAUACCAGUUUUGAAUUUUAGCUCACCUGGUCCGAAGGACAAGGUUAGCUUAUGCCAUACCGUGGUGUUCGGCGUUCAUCCGUCAACAAUCGAUUUUCUUCUUAACCACUGAUCAAAAUCCAACCAAAUGUGGUAAGAAGCACCCCAGGGGCCCGAGGGGCAGUGUCAAAAUGGGUUCAUUUAACAAUAUUUGUAUUGUCGACAUCUUCUCUGGAACUAACAAUGUAUUACAUCGAUAUUUCAGUAGUAGCACCCCUUGAUGGGAUUCAUAUUUAUAUAAAUGAUGAGACUGGCACCCAUGGGACUUGAGGGUCCAGUUGUCAAUAUUGAUAUUAUAUAGUUCUCCUCUGGAACUAAGUUGUAUGGCAUUGAUAUUUCAGUGGUAACAUCCCUGGGUGGCUGGGAUCAAUUUACACAAAUGAUGGGACUGUCCAGGGGCCAGAAGGCGGGCUAUAAACGACUUUCCCUACCUCAUAACCAUAUAAUAUAUAGCAUUACUAGGUACUAAGGGAUAAACAAAUCAUGAUGGGAAAAUAUGCCUGGGGGUUUUUCCCCAUCCCUAGGGACUCAGUAUCUUUGUUAUAUCUUUAAAACUAAUGUGAUCCCCACCCCAAAAUCAUAUAUAACAUUUCUGAUCAUCAAGGGAUAAACACGACUACGUAAAAAUAGGUCAAGGGGUAUUUCCCCACUCCAAGGGACUUAGUUUCUUAAAGCCUAAUCAUUAUAUAUAAACAUUCCCUGUGGUAUUUUUAAAUCCCUAAGGAGUCUAGAGUGGACUUCGUUUCUGGGUUAUAUCGCUGAAUAAGUUCAGAUCCCUACCUCAUAACCAUGUAUAGCAUUGUUAGACAUCAACAAAUACAGCUAUUAACAGAUUUGACAUAAAUGUUAUUUUGACGUUUUGUCAAAUCAACCAGGUGAGCGAGCGGCAAUUAACAAAUUCGAGAGGGAUCUUGGUGUCCACCAUCGAAUAACAAAAUUGGUUCUCCGCGGUGGUCGAGUGGUUAAGAUGUCCCGAGAAUUUAUCACCAGCCCUCCACCUCGAAACCAACGUGGUUUUUCUCCGGGUACUCCAAUUUACCCUGUCUGUUAAUUGGACGUUAUACAAAAUAAACCAAACCAAACAAAAUCCUUCGUAAACAAGCACAAGGACUAACAUAACAAGAACGGGAGAUGGUCUAAAAAUUCAAAACAAGUCGCAUCAAUCUAGUAUGAAGGGAAACAAGUGACAGAUUCCAUUUUAUAUGAUUAUAUAUUAUAUAAGAUCCUUAUUAUAACUGAAAGGAAAUUACUGUAGCGUUCCAUUGGUUCGUAAAUCAAGUUUGAUCCGGAAAACAAGAUGGCCGGUAGGCAGCUAUCAUAUGGCAGCUUUCUUUUGACAGUUAAAGUUUGUUAACUAUAUUUUAUGAGUUUCUAAGGAAAUCUUGGAAUGAUAUGACUCAAAGUUAAAAAUCCCUCGGGGAUCUCUUUUUUGACCACUAGAGAAUAACAUGUGGUGUUACUGUUUGAGUGAAUUUUAUUAUAGUAAUAAUAUUUUCUACCAAAUACGUGUUCAAACUCGUGGAAAGUGAGCGUCGAGGCCGAUUGCGUUUCGCUGUAAAGAGGCAUAUAUGCAUAUAUGAAAUAUUACUUCAGCUAUCUUCAAAAAUCAUGGUACUAGACAUGAUAACAUAACUUUAUGUCAGUUAAGGAAUGGUGCAAGCCAGUUAAAUUAUUAUCUAUUUAAAGAUUAUCUAAAUGAUUCCCCUGGCUGCAGUUGUGGCAUGACAUGUAAGAAAAAAAGAUCAAAUUAAAAUCCUUGAUAAUGGGUCGAAGGAAGCAAUUUCUUGCAAUUGAUGCAGUAUGUCAUUACAAUGAACUUGGAGGCUUUUUUUUAUGACUUUCUCCUUUUGCAUACUAGUAGUACGUCAUUUUGAAAUAAUCCUUUGAUCUUUGUGAAAUGCCGACAAUAUCAUAAAACUGAUUGCGGUCAAACAUCAACUUCCAGUUUUGGGUUUGGGUCAAAGUUUGAACAAAUUUUAAAGAGGCCCAUGGGUCUUAAUGGUCACCCUAGUUUUCAUAUAGUUUGGCAGAUUCAAUUCAUGUGACCUUGAAUUUGAGGUCAAUGUCAUUCAUCCCAGCAUGCUAAAGUUUCAAUGUCAGGUAUAUGUGCCUCUUGUUUAGUGAGGCAAAGUUAUCUAAAGAUUUUAGCAUAUUUGACCCCUGUGAUCUGGAAUGAAGGUCAAGGCAAGAUCAUUCAUUGGAACAAACCUCACACCAGCAUGCUAUAGGCCCAAUAUCAGGUCUCCUGACCUCUUACUUGAGACCUUGAAUGAAACUCGGCGUUACUCAUUUGAACGAGGGUCCUUCACCCCAGCAUGCAAUAGGCCCAAUAUGAAUCUUGGUAAUCAAGAAGAAAUUGCUUUAAAAAAUCGUCUCAGAUGACCUACAAAUCUUCUCAAUAACCAAGUCACUUAAGGUCUUAAUACUUGGUGAAUAACAUGCUCUAGCAAUGCCCUAUCAAGUUUGAUAAUAUGAAUGACUUUGAAGUACAUUCAAGGCCACAGGAGUCAAGUAGGUAAUACUAAGUAGUAUUCAAAACACUUAAUCUAAAUAACGGAAAUACCCAACGUUCUGCUGCUCAGUAACAAAAUGACCCGAGGUAAUGAUAGUUUAUGUCAAUCAUACUAAAGUAAUCGGAUAUCAAGCUUGAAUAUAGUGAUUACCUUGGCUAUUUGGUCAAUGUCACUGUGGUUAAAUUACGUUAAAUUCAUUGAAAGACCUAUUUAUUAAUAACAGAAAUGACCAUAGUAAUAGUAUUUUGGUAUGUAGCAAGCUGGAGCGAGUUCGAAUAUGUGAAUGUCAAUGUUUUGAGACAAAACUUUUAAAACUUCUGCUCAGUAAUUAAUUGAUUCAAGAUCAUGAUAUUUGUUCAUGUAUUCAGGUUUGAUACUAACAACAUGAAUGACUUUGGCCUUCGUCCAAGGUCAUCGGAGUCAAAUAUGUUAAAAUCAUUAAAAGAACGUUUUCGCAAAAACGGAAAUGCUCGGGUUAAUGAUAUUUGGUAUGUAGCAAGCUUGGAUGAUUAGAAACCAAGUAUAUGUUAGGUAUAUCCAUCAAAAGGCAACUUCAAGUAUUUUAAAACGUAUUGGUUUAUUUCGGAUAUAACAACGCAUCGAUUUGAUGAACAAGGGGAGGUAGCUCUUGCUCAAUUGUUUACGAUAUGUAAAUUUUACCAAUUCGUUUAGUAGACCUCACGAGUCGAAUACACUUUCUUGACUCAUAAUAUCUCCUAUGCUGGCUUCAUUUGAGACAUGAAACAUAUUUAUCAUUUUGCUGGAGGCAUAUAGAAUUUCCUUCGUCAGCUUUAUGCUUUGUGUAAUGUUCGUGAAAGUCCGUCGAAUUUUCAAUGAUAAUGACAAUGACAAUAUCAAGACAUUUUUCGGGGGAAACCAGUAUUGUUGUUCAUGCUGGUUUUGUGGACAACGAACUAAAACUAUACAUUUACACGGUGAUGUACGAUACAAGUAUACUGCCACAUUUAGAAUAUUAAGGGUCGUUUUAUGUGUAAUUCGAGUCUGUAGUGGUCCUGAAAAGGACCGUUUUAUGCGUAAAUCGAGCGUGUAUUGGCCCUGAAAAGGGCCGUUUUAUGCGUAAUUUGAGCGUAUAUUGGCCCUGAAAAGGGCCGUUUUGUGCGUAAUUCAAGCGUGCAUUGGCACUUUUUUUUUCUUUUGGGUGGCUCUGAAGAGCCAAAGCUUAGUGCACAUGUCAUUGCACCUCUUAGUCAGAAAGUUGUAUCAAACAACAACGCAGACUCAAUAAACAACCGUCUAAAACAAGUUGCAGAUUGGAAACAACAAAGCUUACCGGUUUUAGUUGACAAGGUUUGCCUCGUCUCCAAAAUGCAAAUUUUGGACCUGAGACGUGCUUUGCAUGGCACAGGAAAUUUAGAGACUAACUUCAAGGUUUCCAGAAAUUAGACCAGAUUUUUGGGUUUCAAAAACACCGACAGAAAAAGAAAAACUUUUCAGGAAAUUUCUUUCGAAAAACAAGAACACAAACAAUGACAAAUUUGUUCGGGCUUCCACGAUUGACUUAGUUUGUCGAAAGCCUGAACAAACAAAACAAACCAGGCCAGAGAAGAAGG